AUGCACAAAAGAGGCGAUAGUGUUGAGAAGGACAUGGAGAAAUCGAAGAAAUAUUUCGAACUGGCUCAAAAUAUGCGACAAAUAUCAAGUGCCAACGAGCCCUGGAAAAUAAUUUAUAUCGGCAUAAUUGGCGGCUCUGGGUUCGACGACCCCGCGCUUUUUAAGAACCCUGAAGAUCUGGACGUGACCACUCCUUUCGGGAAGCCCUCUGACGUGCUACGCCAAGGUCAGAUAAAGGGCGUGCCCUGCGUACUUCUCGCUAGGCACGGGAGGAAACAUCAGUACCAGCCCAGUGACGUUAACUACCGCGCCAACAUCUGGGCGUUGAAAGAGGUUGGCUGCACUCACGUACUGGCCACAACUGCGACCGGUUCCCUAAUAGAGGAGUACAAACCGGGCGAUCUGGUUGUCUUGGACGAUUUCAUUGACAGGACUUGGGGCCGCAACUCAACGUUCUACGACCGCACCCCUGGCGGGCCGAAGGGCGUGUGCCACCUGCCGAUGCGGCCCGCCUUCUGCGAGCGCUCCAGACGGGCGCUGUACGAGGCCGCUUUGUCCAGGGGCUACAGCUGCCACGACAGGGGAACGGCCGUCGUGAUACAGGGGCCCAGGUUUUCCAGCCACGCCGAAAGCCUAAUGCAUCGCCAGUGGGGCGGGCAUCUCGUCAACAUGACCACUGUUCCAGAGGUGGUUCUGGCGAAGGAGGCAGGCCUUAGCUAUGCAGCAGUCGCACUAGUCACGGACUACGAUUGCUGGAAGGAAAACGAGAAGUCGGUGUCGGUAAGCGAAGUGCUUGCUAUGUUCGCCCAGAAUGUGAAGAAGGCCGCAGACGUCAUAUUGGACGCUGUACAGAUAUUGGCGGCUGACAUCGAUCUAGAUUAUUUGAGCGCCCACGAGGAUUUGGUGUCUUCGGCGGUCAUGCUGAAGGAG